AACGCUUGCGCCGUGCUGUUUCCCCGUGAAAGUUCUUUCACUCACAAACCUCACGUAAAUCUUUUCCUUCCUGUGAAUACCGUUGUGCACCGGAAUAAGGUUCUUUCCAUUGCUCGCGGAUCUUCCGUUCUACACGCCGCGUAACAAAGCGGAUCACUACAGAACCGGUUUCGUCAAUUCCAGGACCAAGUGUAAUUAAUCCUUUACCGUCCUACAAAACUUCAUGCACCAACAUGAGUGAUUAUUCAGCGGUUGCUCCGCCUCAAAACUUAAGUCAAAGCACCGCGUUCGCAGCGGCAUUGCAACGUGCCAAACAGAUUGCCGCAAAAAUAAAUCCAGCUGGUGCGCAAAAUAACCAGGAUUCUAAACUGAAACGUCCUUUAGAAGAUGGUUCAGAGCCUGAGGCAAAGAAAAUGGCAUCAUUAGUACCAGAUCCUUUGCUAAGCAUUCGUGGUGGACCUGGAGGCAGUUCUAUUGGAGAUUCAGGUAGUCAAGGAUCUCGGCCGCAAGUUUCUUCCAGUCUAAGUGGUAUAUGCAAUGAAGAUAUCAGAGUUCCAGACAAGAUGGUUGGUUUAAUAAUUGGCAGAGGUGGAGAACAAAUAACAAGAUUGCAGAGUGAAACGGGGUGUAAGAUACAAAUGGCACCAGAAAGCGGUGGGCUACCUGAGCGUGUUUGCACGCUAACUGGUUCACGAGAAGCCGUCAACCGAGCGAAGGAGCUUGUAUUGUCAAUAGUGAAUCAAAGAAGCAGAAGCGAGGGAAUUGGUGAGAUGAAUAUGAGUGGCGGCAAUGGCGGAAUGAUGGGACAUCCCGGAUUUGUUGAGAUAAUGAUUCCCGGUCCUAAAGUUGGUUUAAUAAUUGGCAAAGGGGGAGAAACCAUAAAACAACUUCAAGAAAAGUCUGGAGCUAAAAUGGUUGUUAUUCAGGAAGGGCCGUCUCAAGAACAAGAAAAACCGUUGAGAAUAACGGGAGACCCUCAAAAGGUCGAAUAUGCUAAGCAAUUAGUCUAUGAAUUAAUAGCCGAAAAAGAAAUGCAAAUGUUUCAUAGAGGAGGAAGGAAUACUGAGAGAGCAGGAAGUUAUUCUAAUGAUAGUGGUGGUGGCUUUAAUCACGGCCCUGCGAACAAUGACGGAGUGGAGGUUAAUAAUGACCAAGUACUCGUUCCAAGAGCCGCAGUUGGUGUUGUUAUUGGUAAAGGCGGAGAUAUGAUAAAAAAGAUACAAGCGGAAAGCGGAGCUAAGGUUCAGUUUCAGCAAGGAAGAGAAGAUGGGCCUGGCGAUAGAAAAUGUUUAUUGUCGGGAAAGCAUCAAGCUGUUGAACAGGCUCGUCAACGAAUUCAGGAACUGAUUGAUAGUGUGAUGAGGAGAGAUGAUGGUAGAACUGGGAAUAUGGGAGGAGGGAGAGGUGGUGGUCCAAGAGGUAACGGUUUUGGUGGCAAUCGCAAUCCAAACGAAUAUGGAAGUUGGGAUAGACGACAAGGUGGACCCAUGCAGGAUAAAAUCGAAACGACGUUUACUGUUCCGUCGUCUAAAUGCGGAAUUAUAAUCGGCAAAGGUGGUGAAACUAUUAAACAAAUCAAUCAGCAGACAGGAGCACAUUGUGAAUUAGAUAGACGGAAUCAAAGUAAUGAAAAUGAAAAGAUCUUUAUUAUUCGAGGCAAUCCUGAGCAAGUUGAGCAUGCUAAGAGAAUAUUUAGCGAAAAAUUAGGAAUGGGUCCAGCUGGUUCUUCGUAUGCUGGAGCUCAAGGAGCUGUUGGAUAUAAUCCAAAUUGGAAUACAGGGUAUCAAGCAUGGCCCAGUCAGCCACAGUCUACCGACGGAAGUAAUGCUAAUCCAGCUCCUGUACAAGUCAAUCCACAAACUGGUCAGCCAGAUUAUAGUGCUCAAUGGGCCGAAUAUUACCGGUCGCUAGGUAUGCAUAGAGAAGCAGAAAUGAUUGAGCAACAAGCGAAACAAGGAAAACAAGAUCACAAUCAACCAGGAGGCAAUUCGCAAAAUCAAUCUAAUCCGGCGCCAACGGGUUCUGCUGGACCAAAUCAGCAGCAACCGCAGCAACCGACUCAGCCGCAACAACAGGCAGGCGCUGCACAAAAUGGCGGUCAAGCUGAUUACAGCGUUCAAUGGGCAGAAUAUUACAGGAGUAUUGGAAAAAUAAAGGAAGCUGAGGCGAUAGAAGCUCAAAUGAAGGCGGGCAAGCUCGGAAUGCAAGGGAAUCAAAUGGCCCAGCAGCAAAUGCAGUCUCUUCAAGGACAAUCAGCUGGUCCACCAGGUACUACACCUAACGCAUUUCCUCAAGCUUACGGAAGUUAUCCAGCAAUGAAUGCUGGCUCCACGCCAGGUGGUUAUUACGCACCGAAUGCUGGUUCGAAUUCUCAACCACAGACGGGGCAGCAGAAUCCUUCUUUUCCAUCAGGCUAUCAGAAUUACCCCUAUUCGCAGUCGAGCUCUGAGAAUUAA